AUUUAUUUCCAGUGUAAAAUGAAAACCCUACUUCUUAAACCCUACUUAUAAAGUCCUCCUUAAAACCAUAAUUGGUUGUUGCUUUGCACAUCACUUUCUCGCCGUUUACACUAUCUGCUCUCCAAGAUGGCUCCUCCAAGAGGUCGUGGUGGUUCUGGUGGUGGAUUUAGGGGUGGUAGGGGAGACAGAGGUAGAGGAAGAGGUGGUGGGGGAAGAGGUGGAGACAGGGGUACGCCCUUCAAAGCCAGAGGUGGUGGUGGCCGUGGAGGCGGCAGGGGUGGUGGCCGUGGCGGUGGCAGAGGUGGAAUGAAGGGCGGGAGCAAAGUCGUAGUUCAGCCGCAUAGGCAUGGAGGAAUUUUCAUUGCCAAGGGUAAAGAAGACGCACUUGUAACUAAGAAUCUUGUUCCCGGCGAAGCUGUUUACAAUGAAAAAAGGAUUACUGUCCAGAAUGAAGAUGGUUCCAAAGACGAAUAUAGAAUAUGGAAUCCUUUUCGUUCAAAGUUGGCUGCUGCCAUCCUUGGUGGAGUUGACAACAUCUGGAUUAAACCUGGAGCCAGAGUCCUUUACUUAGGAGCUGCUUCUGGGACAACUGUUUCUCACGUGUCUGACGUUGUAGGCCCUUCAGGAGUUGUCUAUGCAGUAGAGUUUUCUCAUAGAAGUGGUCGUGAUUUGGUCAACAUGGCAAAAAAACGUACAAAUGUUAUUCCCAUUAUUGAAGAUGCUAGACAUCCAGCUAAAUACAGAAUGUUGGUUGGAAUGGUUGAUGUCAUUUUUUCUGAUGUUGCUCAGCCUGAUCAGGCUAGGAUUUUGGGGUUGAAUGCUUCGUAUUAUCUCAAAGCAGGUGGUCAUUUUGUUAUUUCAAUCAAGGCUAACUGCAUAGACUCCACAGUACCUGCUGAGGCAGUGUUUGAAAGCGAAGUGAACAAGUUGAAGGCGGAUCAAUUCAAACCAUUCGAACAAGUAACCCUUGAACCAUUUGAGAGGGACCAUGCCUGUGUGGUUGGAGGAUAUAGAAUGCCCAAGAAGAAAAAAGAAACUGCGUAGUAUAUUACCUUUUGAGGUAUUCACUAGGCUUUUGUACCAAUGUUACGUUAAUGAAUUUUGUUAUAGUUUUGUUUUGAAAUCUUGGUGCUUAAAAUUCCCAAGGAAAAAUGAUUUUGCGAGUA